GUCAGCUGGGAUGGGGUCCAGGGCCCUGCAAACCUGAACAGGAUUUGCAGUUAUACAUAAUGGAUGGGUUGAUUAUUUUUACAUAAAAUAAUUAACAUAUGUGAUGCUUCAUCAUCCAUUCAGAUAUUUACGAGGCAAAGUUAUGUACUGUUCUGAAGCUGCUGUGUGUCAUUUGCCUUAGGUACUGGGCCGAUGGAGAAUCAAGUGAUGACGUUCAUCAGGACUGUGCAGCUUUGUAUAGCACAGAAAAUGUCUUCACUGCUUGGAUUAGCAUUGGCUGUAUAAACAGCGGUAAAUGGAUUUGUGAAAAAUCCCCACGUAAUCCUCAGUGAAAAAAAACAGUCCCACCCUCCUUGGAUAUUUCCGUGAACAGUAAACAUCUAGAUUUUGAAUGUGAAAACAUUCCAGAGAUAUAGACAUUUUUUUCCAUUGAAGCAACCAAAAUGACUAUGAGGAAAUGUUCUACACUGUUGUGCAGACUGUACUACAAAGUAAUAGGUGAUUGCAAUAAAUAUCAUUCAGUCUUUUUCCAUAUUACAUGCCCUCAUUAGGGUCACAAAUGAGCUGUGGCGUAUCCCAGAUUACUGAGCGAGAGGCGGGGUGCAGCCUGGAAUGGUUGCCUUCAAUAGCCGGGCACACACGUACAUUUUUUUUUUCAUCAGCGCUAACGGGGGCACACUUAGAACUGCUCACUUCCUAGCCAGACGUAACACAAAAACAGUCAUUUUAAGGACAAAGUAUGUGUAUUUUUAAUGCUGAGAUGCAAGAACCGCUCCCCAAUUCCAGAGGCUUUGAAGCAAAGAAAAAUUAACCAAUUAUGUUAUUCCCUUGCUCUCCUGCAUAAUAAUUGACAUUCUGUUUUCACAAAAAUCAACUCACAAUACAUAUUUUACGGCUGUAUGUUUGCCCCGCAUGUAAUUCAACAGCCCCAAAUGAAAAAGCUGUUCAUUAUGUGAACAUAGUGCAGUAUAGGGCAAUAAAGACUGUGCACAAUGCAUCCCUUCUGCAUCAUCACGGGUGCCACCGUACACGACCCAUUUUGAGUAACUCCCCAUGCACUUCAAAUGAAUUGUUAAUUGUUCUUGUGAAGAAAAAAAAGUGUUCUUUGUGUACUUUUGAGAUCAGUGUUGUAGUGGCGACUUGACUUGGUUGAAAUCUUUCAUGGCUGAUAGACACAAUUUUUAUAGACCAAAUUUCAUUCUGGCUUUGGGCCACAAACCAUUGUCGCUUCUCUGAUGGCCUAAGUACACUAUUGGAUUUGGAAGUGCGCUUGGUUGAUGUCAUCCAUCUAGUGGUGAACACUGUUAUGACAAAACAGUUCUACUACAGUACUGAAAAUGUUUUUAAUUCCAAAAAUUAAUCAAGGGCCACCCUGAGCGUGUGUGUGGGCCGCCAGUUAGCCGUUUCCAUAGUGCUAACACAGCAGCAAAAAAAAAAAGUUUCUUACUGUUGCUUUAACGCAUCUCAUGGCAAAACACACCCACACACACACACAAAUCUUAUCACCAGUUGACCAGAUCAAUAUGCACCACUCGCACAAAAGUACAAUGGAGAACAUUCAGUCGCAGCCAGACCAAGGUGUGGAAACUUCUGAGGAGCAAGAGACUUUGGAAGAAUUUCACACACAUCGGCAUUCGCCCUCUCAGAAAUUUCAACAAGGAAUCUUUAACCCAGCAAAACAUUAUCAAGGUACCGGUAUGUUUAUAGCAGGAGCUGGAUCUUGGAUUCCACAGCACAAGGUGACUCUUCUGCUUCUGGGCCUGCUCAAUGCUGUUCUACUCAUAACUGCUGUUGUCCUCACCAUUUACUGUGCCAACGCCAAUGAAGAUCACCUUCUGACUCCCCAUUCGGCUGUCUCGUCCCUCAUCAUCGAGCGUAAUUAUCUUCGCAACCACAGUAACAUCAUCAAAGCGUGGAAAGAUGCGGAGGAAGCAUUAGUCAGAGAGAAGACGAGUCAGGUUCAGCUGAAACUGCAACUGAAACAGCAGACGAAACUGGGUGACACCUUUCGCAGCCAAAUUGAAAUACUUCAAAAAGAAAAGGCUGAGUUAGAGGCGACAAAAGCUAUUACUGAGCAAAACUGUGGUAGAUGUCCAUCAGGAUGGACCCUUCUUAAAUCAACCUGCUAUUAUUUUUCCCUCCCUGAGCCCAAUGCCAAAAAAAACUGGCAAGACAGCAGAGCAGACUGCAUUGGGCGAGGCGGGGACCUUCUCGUGAUCAAGAACCUGCAGGAACAGACACUUAUAAGUGAUAAUAUUCCAAAAGCGAGCUCCAGUUCAGGUUUGUGGUGGCAGAAUGGAUUCUGGAUGGGUCUACAAGACACCGAGUCACGGGGAAAAUGGACAUGGAUAAACAACACGACUGCCAUUGAAACAGGGUACUGGAGGAAUAACCAGCCCACCACCAUUGGACUUCAGACUGGGCACUGUGCAGCUUUUAUUUACUUUACCGACGCCACAAAAACAUGGUACAAUGGAAACUGCCAGGACCAUCUGUACAACUGGAUAUGCGAGAUGGAGACAAAGCCCUUUGAGUAGAACUGAACGUAAUCAUGCUCAUGCAAAAUGUCCAAUAAACCUAAGCGCAUAAAAGCCCCAAAUGUAAUCCA